AUGGCUUAUCACAGUUGGUCUAAACAUGCCACCCUUAUAAACAAUUGUUAUCCAACUGCUCCGGACGAGUUAAAUCCAAAGUCGAACGAACUUUCGUAUCUUGUAUUUUAUGCAAAUUCAAAACCUGCCAAGCUUACAAAAUGUGGCAUCCAUCUAGAAAAAAGAGUUGCUAGCGAUGUUAAAAAACGUAAAAAGCAGUAUGUAGAUAUAGAUGUUUCCUUACAAAUUAUUUCAAAAUUAUUGGGUGCUUGUAAAAAAGAUUUAAAUCUAUUUUCAAAGAACGUGGUUAAAAUUAUUGCUGACUCUUUAAGUACAAAAGACAUCGAGCUAGUUGCACGAGCAUGUUCAGUGAGAAAAGGUAAACACGGAGUAGAUAGUGAAUUUACAACAAUUUAUGAAAGUUUAAUUUCUGAUUUUGCAAACUACGCAACUUAUGAAAUUGAAUCUGAUGUUGAUUUAGAGAAAAGAUAUAAUUUUAUAGGGCUUCAUGCACUUCAAGCUGCGGUCACUUCUGAUGCAUUAUAUAAGGCAAAAUCUAAACAUCAAUUUCAACAAAUUAUUCCUGCUCUUUUAAAAAAUUUGACUGAUGAUGAGAUUGGUUUAGAACAUUUACAAAAAAUCGAAAUGGAAGAAAAUAACAAUAAUAGUGAUGGUCAUUCAAAACCAAAUCAAUUCUCCAUAAAUUCUACAACAAUUUCAGCUGAGCAAAAUGCGCGACUAGCUUAUAAUUGUUACAAACAAGUAUUUAAAUAUGCCAACACUUCAAAUAUUAAUAUGUCUCUUAAUCCAACUUUUGCCUUUUUAGACGAUAACAAUCUUUGGUUGCCAUCAUCUUUUGGUAUUAGUUUAGCUUUUGUUGUCAUUUCUUCCUUGCAGCCAGUAUUUCGUCAUACACUUGUUACCAAAAUAAUACAGGAACUAAAUUCAUUGAUUAAUGUGGCAGAAUCUUUACCCAAAAAAUUCACAUUGAUCGAGAUGUUAACCUCCAUUCUUACCAAUAAAGUUAACCUGGUCAACUAUUCGAUUAUAGAAGUUUUGGGUUGUUUGUUGCGUCAUUUGUUAAAUUCUGUAAAAUUAAGGGAUCAAAAUUUGGAAGUCGCAAAUUUAAAUAGUGAUGAGAAAGCAUCUGUGGCUGAAACUUCUUUGAUUAAAAAAUCUGCUGAAUUGGAAGAAAUGAAUGCUCAACGACUUUUCACUUGCAUAGGAAUUUCUAUUAGUGACUCAAGAAAAACUUUAUUGAAAUGUCUGGAUACUGUUCUUAAAAAGAAUAACGAAUCUAAAAAACUUUACCCUGAAUAUCCAAGAAAUGAAAUUCAAAUUGAAACGUUUCAAAAGACUACUGGGCUUUGCUCUGAUGAUGACCAUGAAGUGAGAAUAGCAUAUGCACAAAUUACCACAUAUUUCAAACAACCAUCAAUACAUUUUUUAAAUUCAUUGCAUUUGUCAUUAUACCAAUUUUUACUAUCACAAAAAUCUACUCCGCAAGAUUAUAUAACUUUAUCCACUAUUCUUCGUGCUCUAUUUAAUCGUUUUCAUGUUGACCAAGUCAUUUGUGGUGUACCAGUUGUCUUCAAAUUACAGGUAUCUAAAGAAGAAAAGCUUGAAAAUUAUACCCGUCAACGAGCAUUGGCUAGUAUUAUUGUAUUAUACUUUUAUGAUAUUGCAACUGGUUUAAAAAUUUCAGAAUUACAAGAUUAUAUCAAAAAAGAAAUAUCCAACAAGCCAAAUCAACUAUUGCAACCAGUUGACAUUUGGCUUGAUCAUCAAAUUAUAGUACCUUUACUUUGUAAACAUAAAGAAUUAACAGAUAUAGGCGGCAAACAAUUAGAGGAAAAUUUGAUGGCGGAAUGGAACCCCGAAGAAGGAUUUGAAAGAUUGAAAUGUGAAGUUUCAAAGAUUAGAUCAUCAAGAAUUCUUGGUAAUGAAAAACCUCAUUUUGCAAUCACUCCACCCAUUUUUACUCAUCAUGAAGAUAGUUCUGGUGAUUUACCUAAACCAACUAUCAAAGUAGAAAAUUUAAGAGAUGCACUAGUUGUACAGCAACUAGUUUCAAAUGAUGCAUCUGAACAUGAGAAUUCUGUAGUAUCUGAUUUAGAAUCGAUUAAUUAUUCGUGGAAUAGUGUUAAUGGGAAAAAAGAAAAGAAAACUCCUCAGAAAGAUACAAUAGCCUUUUUAUCAUCUUUAUCAUCUAUCGACACUAUUAAAUCUGCAAGUGCACGUUUAAUAAAUCCACCUUAUGAAUCUUAA